AUGGCUCCUGAUUGGACGAAACUUCCUGGUGAUGGCGUGGUAUUCCUCGGUACAUCACUUUUGUUUACCUUUCUGGGUGUUCUUGCGAUUUUGGCGAGAAGCUACACCAGCUGGGCCUGUGCCAAACGAUUCCGUCUUGAUUACUGGUUGUCUCUCUUCACCUUUAUUCUUCUAUGCGUCAGCCAAGCGUUUUUUGUCGUCAGUGUUGUUUUUGGUAUCGGAGCUCAUGCCCAAGGGCUUCGUCCUCAAGAGAUCGUCAUAGCUAUGCGUACCAGCUGGGUCAACAUGAUCUCGGCCAUAAUAGCCAUUGUCACUGGGAAGCUGUCCAUCAUCGCAUUCCUGGAUCAGAUCAGGGGUCGUCAUAAGGGCCGACCGUGGUUUCUCUGGUUCAUUGGAGCUUCAAACAUAGUCGUCAACUCCACGGUUGUUGUCACUAUCCUGUUACAAUGCUCGCCAGUCGAGAAGAUAUGGGAUGACAGAGUUCCCGGCACCUGCGACGGAAGGUCUUUCAACUUGAAAUAUGCAUAUUUUCAAGGCAGUUAUUCUGCUGUCUCGGAUGCUGCGCUUGCCAUCUAUCCCAUCUACCUGAUUUGGGACCUGCAAGUUGCAAUGCGUAUGAAGAUCGGUCUUUGUUUCCUCCUCGGGUUUGGGCUAAUCGCAGCCGCGUGUUCCGCCCUCAAAACGGCGGAGCUGACCAAUCUGCAACGGGCCGAUGAGGAAGGCGACAUGACGUAUUUCGUGGGUCGUCUGUCUUUGACCACCAUCAUCGAGGCCUGGAUAGUGCUAGUUGGCGGGUGCAUUCCACCAUGUCGGCCACUGCUGAAGGCAUUCUUGGCCAAGAUCCGCGGGACGACGUCUUCCUCGGCCCGCACGUAUCCAGGAACUCAUCCAUACCAGAGGUACGACAAAUACGGCUUGCCAUUUUCGGCGGCUGGCAGAACCAUGACUGGGUCAGGGAAGGCUGUCAGAGCAAACCUGGCCGGCCAUGCUUUUACUGGAAACCGCACACGUGUAUACAAUGACCCCAAUGUCGAUGCGGCGGCAGAGUUCGAGAUGCAUGAGAACAUCAGAACGAGCCCGGGUGACAGCGACAAGACGUUAGUGCCUCUGAAAGACCCUGACAAGGCGAUUGUGAUGACUUGGGUAACGGAUGUGGAUUCCUCAUGA